CCCCCCCCCUUAUGAUGGCUACCACAGAUACAUUAUCUACUUCAAUCGCGCCAUCAGCAGCAAUAUCAGAAGUAUUAGCAACAACAACAACAACACCAACAGUUCAACCAAAGAAGCCUCCUAAAACUACCUUACGUAUUCAUGUUAACACAUUUAAUCAGCCGCGUCCUGUUGUCUUUAAUUAUCGUCAACUCUACAAACGAGAACUUAAAAAGCUUGAAACACCUACAACAAUAGCGCCUGUGACAUUUACAGAUAGUACAGAAGAUGCUUUUUAUAAAGAAUUAUUAAAACGGGCUGAAGGAUACUCUAUCGAUGAUGAAGAUGACGAUAAUGAUGAUGAAGAUGAUGAUGAUGAUGAUACACCAGCCCUUAGGAAACAAGACAAUAGUAAUGAAUAUGAUUAUGAGGAUCCAUUCAUUGAUGAUAGUGAAAUGUUGUUAGAUAAACCUUAUGAAUAUUCCGCACCUGAAUUUGAUGGAUUCUUUGUUUAUUAUGGUCCAUUAGAUGGUCAUGAAACUGAAAAGAAGGCAUCAACACAAAAGCGCAAAUCAACAGCAACAGCAACAGCAGCAGCAGCAACAACAACAGCAACAUCGACAACAACAUCGACAACAAAAUCAACCAAGUCAAGCACAUCAUCAUCAGCAACAACAGCCAAUAAAAAGACAAUAAAUACUGCAACUGCAGAUAAAACACGCAAAAAGGCAUCCACUGAAUCAGAAAGCAAUAAAAAGAAAUCUACUACUACUGCUGGUACCACUACAACUUCAGCUAAGUCUAAGGCAACUACAGGUACAGCGACAACAAAGAAACCAACAACUAUUAAUAAACAGGUUAAAAAGAAAAAACCAGAACCUACAACGUUGACAAUAGGAACAACAUCGACAGCAGCAGCAGCAACAACAGCAACAACAGAACAACCCACUAUUCAAAGUGCUGCUUCUUCAACAGCUAUUGAAAAGACAAUUUCAACAGUUUCUUCACCUGCUUCUUCUGUAACAACAAUAAAUAAAAAGAAGCCUACUAUACCAGCUGUUUUGAAACCUUUGGAUCCAGAAAUUGAAUUGUUAAUGAAAAAACUAAGACACGAUGUUCAAUUUGAAAAGUUUGAAAACAAGGCCAAGUUUCCUCUAACUCUAAAACCUACAGUACUUGAAAUUGGACUGAUUGCUUUUAGAAAAUAUAAAGUGAUUGAUGAUAAUCUUGUCUAUCAUUUAAUGAGCAUCUUACCUUAUAACCGGUUUACUUUAAAAAAAUUCUUAACUACGAAAUCAGGACAAAUGAGGGUGGAUGAAUUACAACAAGAGAUUGAUGAAUUAGCUAUUUUAUUAAAACAAACAAUUGAUCGUAUGAUGCCUGAGCAACAAAGACUAUUUAAUGAAAAGUUAGCAUCUACUGAAACUACAGAAGAUGAAGAAUCAACACCAACUCCACGCUUCAAAUGCAAUGAUGAAGUUAGAAAGAUUUUAUAUGAUAUUAUUCAAACAGAAGAGCAAUCUAUUCAUAUCGCAAAUCAAGUAGCAUUACAUAAGGAUCCUGAGAAGAAGCCAGAAUCACUUGCUUCAGAUGGUAAAGCAAGAAAGUUAAUGUAUCAACGCUUGUUAUCUUGUUGGCCAGAGGGAUGGAUGCAUACUUAUGAAAUGAGUCGACAAUAUAGUCAAUAUAAGUCCAAAUUAGCUUCUUUAAGUGAUAAGAAAAUUCCUAUUAUUGAUAAAAAGAGGAAAAAGGCAUUAGAUGAAAGCAAUACAACACGUAAUAAUAAAAAGGCAAAAGAAUCGCUAGAAUCAACAUCAUCACCUGUAUUUCAGACCCCACCUCCACAACCUACAGCGACAAAAUCAAUACCAGUAAAUGUGAUUACUAUUGAUACAGAUGAAGAAGAAGACCCACCUAUUGAAGCAAAUCAUAAACAAGCAUCUUCAAUGAGUAUUGAAUCCUUAAUUGAAAAAAAAUAGUAACACAAGCAAUUCUAUAAAAUAGAAGAGAGCAUAGACAUUUCUUUCUCUCUCUCUCUCUCUCACUCUUUCUUUCUUUCUUUCUUGCUUUAAUGAUGUCUUCU